UUGCAUCCAGCAGAUCCUGGAGGCGGUGCUUCACUGCCAUCAAAUGGGCGUGGUGCACCGAGACCUCAAGCCAGAGAACCUGCUCCUGGCCAGCAAAUGCAAGAACGCAGCGGUGAAGCUGGCCGACUUUGGCCUGGCCAUCGAGGUGCAGGGGGAGCAGCAGGCCUGGUUUGGCUUUGCAGGCACACCCGGGUACCUGUCCCCGGAGGUCCUGAGAAAGGAGUCAUAUGGCAAACCCGUGGACAUCUGGGCCUGUGGGGUGAUCCUCUACAUCCUGCUGGUGGGUUACCCUCCUUUCUGGGACGAGGACCAGCACAAGCUCUACCAGCAGAUCAAGGCCGGGGCUUACGACUUCCCUUCUCCUGAGUGGGACACGGUGACCCCAGAGGCCAAAAACCUGAUCAACCAGAUGCUGACCAUCAACCCGGCCAAGAGGAUCACCGCCCAGGAGGCCCUCAAGCACCCGUGGGUCUGCCAACGGUCCACAGUGGCGUCCAUGAUGCACAGACAGGAGACCGUGGAGUGCCUGAAGAAGUUCAACGCCAGGAGGAAACUGAAAGGAGCCAUCCUGACCACCAUGCUGGUCUCUCGGAAUUUCUCCGUGGGCAGCAGGCAGACCACCGCCGCAGCCUCUGCCGCUGCGGCCGCUGGCACCACCGCAGGGUUGGUGGAACAAGGUAGCAUCGCAGCUGGACUCUGGGGGCAUGAUGCCUCUCUCUCUCUCUCUCUCUCUCGCAUCCCUCUUUUCUAUCUUCUCUUCUACGCAUCUUCUUCCUCCUUCCCUCCUCAGAGCAUGAUGGCUUGA